AAUUUCAGGUGUGGUAUUUGUAAUUACAGUACAAAGGUUAGGACGAACCUUGUGCGACAUCUGCGCUUCCAUUCCCAAGAGAAGGCGGUUCCUGAUACUGCUCCGGUAAAUCCGGUGCCGUGUUUGGAGAAAAACGAGAAAAUGUUCGAUAAGAUGAUCAAUUUGGCGUCCAGUUCCCACUCUAAUGGCGGCAGUCGUAUGGGCGGUAGUGGAAAGUCCGAUGGCAAAGAAAAGGAAACUGAGAAGCUUCCCGAGUACAUCUCCCCUCAGUACCGUUUCGCUUGCUGCGCACAGAACUGCAACUACAUCUGCCCCGAAGAGGGCAACCUCCGUCACCACCUGAUGGCUCUCCAUAACGGCGAAACAUCUUUUACGUGCGUACACUGCAAGGCGGACAUCACUCCCACUGACGUUGACCACAUCAUCAAGCACCUCAAGCUGCACGGUCUGCAGUUGUUCAAGUGCUUCUACUGCAGCUUUGUGAGUCACCUCAAAAGCAAAGCCGAGAAGCACGUCAACGAUUAUCACGCCGAUUUGCCGAGUAAAGUGGUAACUGUGAG